AAAAAAAAAAAACUCGUAUAGUAAUUCAUUAUCAACUUUCAAAGUUACCAACAAUGUUAGUUUUUUUUUAUUCAAAGUUUGCAUAUUUUUAGUUAAUACCACAAAAAUGAAUCUAAUGGAACUUUUUAAUUAUUAUUACAAUAAUUUGGCUGAUCCUCGUGUAAAAGAUAGAUAUUUUUUCGCCAGCAUUUGGUUUACUAUUAUAAUAAUAGUAAUUUAUUUAAUUGUCUCAUUUAAAUUAAUACCAGAUUAUAUGAAAAAUCGUCCAGCUUAUAAAUUGAAUAUAUUUAUUAAAUUUUAUAAUAUUUUUCAAGUUGCAACUAAUGCAUAUGUCGUUAAAGAAUUAUCAAUUUGUUAUCCAUUCCAUCGUGCUUUUGAAUGUCGUCCUAUUACAUUUGACAUGGAUGAUUGCAGUAUGAGGAUUGUGAACGGUUCUGUCAUUACGAUAUUAUUAAAAUUAAUUGAUCUCAGCGAAACAGUAAUUUAUUUACUAAGAAAAAAAAAUAAUCAAGUUUCAUUUUUACAUCUCUAUCAUCAUAUAAGUACAUUUUUGGUUGGAAUUAUUUAUUUGAGAUAUUUUACAUCGGAAGUCUCAAUGUUGUUUCCAAUUAUGAAUUGUGGAGUUCAUGUGAUCAUGUAUUUUUACUAUUUUCUUAGUAAUUUUCCAGGACAAAUUAAACAAAUGAUCAUUCCUUUAAAACGCUAUAUGACCCUUAUACAAAUGGGACAAUUAUUUUUAAUGCUUAUCCAAGUAAUAUUUUUCUUACUACAAGAUUGUGGAUUGUCGAGAGUCAUACUUUAUAUGACAUUAUUUAAUACUAUUAUCAAUUUUGGAUUGUUUUUUCAAUUUUACAGAAAAACUUAUAUUAAUUCAAAAAAGAAGAAAAUUAAUUAGGAAAUAAUUUUAAUACACUUUAUGGUGAUUAUAUAAAUUCACAUAAAUAUACUUAAUGCAAAAUACAAUAAACCGAACAAUUUUGAAAGAAUAAAAAUGUAUAACUGAACUUUGAAAUAAUUAUAUAUGUGACUUGGA